AUGGAGGCGCUGAAGUCGGCGGGCCGGGCGCUGAUGCGCAGCCCCAGCCUGGCCAAGCCGGGAGGCGGCGGAGGCGGGGGCGGCGGCGGCGGCGGCGGCGGCGGCGGAGGCGGAGGAGGAGCCCGGCACCACAAGUUGCCGGAGAACUGGACGGACACGCGGGAGCCCCUGAUGGAGGGGGUUCUGUUCCAGCUGAAAUACCUGGGCAUGACGCUGGUGGAACAGCCCAAGGGCGAGGCCCUGUCGGCCGCAGCCGUGAAGAGGAUCGUGGCCACGGCGAAGGCGAGCGGGAAGAAGCUGCAGAAGGUGACCAUCAAGGUGUCGCCGAGGGGGAUCGUGCUGACGGACAGCGGCAGCGGCCAGAUGAUCGAGAACGUCUCUAUCUACAGGAUCUCCUACUGCACAGCCGACAAGGCCCACGACAAGGUGUUCGCCUACAUCGCCCAGAGCCUGCAGAACGAGAGCCUGGAGUGCCACGCCUUCCUGUGCGCCAAGCGGAAAAUGGCUCAAGCAGUGACGCUGACGGUCGCUCAAGCCUUCAGAGUUGCGUUCGAGUUCUGGCAGGUGUCUAAAGAAGAGAAGGAAAAGCGGGAGAAGGCGAACGCGGAUGCGGACGGCGCGGGGGGGACCCCGCCGGACAGCUCGGCCCCCUUGAAAGACUCGGUGGCGACCGGGAACCUGCUGGACCUGGAGGAGGCGGUGGCCAAGAUCCCGCUGCCCCCCGCCGUCACCCACCCACGCGACGCGGCGGCGGACCGGCCGGCCAGGCCGGAGCUGCUGGGCGGCAACAACAACGUCGUCUGGGAGAUGGAUGACGGUCUGGACGAGGCAUUUUCCAGGCUGGCCCAGGCCCGCACCAACCCCCAGCUCCUGGACACGGGGCUGACCCCCCAGGACAUCCAGAGCGCCCAGAACCUCUCUCCCGACGACUGGGACAAGCCGGACACCCCCGCCGGCGACCUGGACGAGGCGUUCAGCUUCUGAUGGGGGAAACCAAAGCUUUAGAAACCUCCGCCUCUCCUUCCCCCGCUUCACCCCGAGGACCUGAAGCCGCUUGGAGUGUAUUUAUUCGCGGUAGACUCAGCGGCAGAGGGGUCUCGCGGUGGCGUGUUCAGUAUUAUCAACGGGUCUUCCCCACUCCCCCACCCCCCCCCCCGAACCCCACCUCUUCCUUGGGGCGGCCCCGCCGGGCCCCAGCACGCUUACUAACCUCGUUCUGCCCAGGUCUCCGCCAGCCUCUCCUCCCCACGGGAGGCAGGGAGGCCGGGCAUCCCUCGGCUCUUCCGGACCUGGACCGUCCUAACCCGGCCCCCCAUGGUCCAGCUCUACACCACAGCGGCUAUUCACCCAAAGACUCGGCGCUUUGCACUUUAACUGGCCUCGGUCGCAAGGCGGCUGGGCCCGUUCAAAGGUUUCUAGCCCCCUCCCCACCCGCCUGCCCCACGGUGGGGGCUUUGAAUCCCCGCCACCCUCCACAUUUUUGUGCUGCUCUUGGGUCCUCCACCCUGGGUCUCGGCCUCUGCUACCCAGUGUGCCCACGUUGCAAUCAGCGGGGAGUUGGGUUUUUCAGGCAAACACUUAGUGGCCGGCUCCCUGGCCACCCGGACCAAAAAUGCCGCUUGGGAACACACCAGCCGGUGCCCGCAUCGUGCCCGGCCGGGGCCCGGGUGGAGGAUUCGCACCCAGCCAGACCAGUCUGUGCCUCCAGGGCGGUGGCGGGCAGCCGGGCUAUUCUGAUCUCAGGUCCAGCCCAAAAUGUUCGUUCCCCCCGUCCUCCUCCUGCCCCCGAACCACCCCUGCCCGCCCUUCCUCACCCAAAUACCGCCCCGAGGCAGCUUUGCCAGGCUUAAGGUGGGGGCGAGGGGCUAAAGCCGAUCACCACCAUCUCAUCCGGAAACAAAAUGUCGCCCUCAAUCCCCUCAUCUCCCCACCCAUCCCAAUCGAAACACUUAAACCAAAGUGCCCAAAGCCACGGCCGGGAGCGAAUAUUUGGGUGACUUCCUCGACUCUGCCCCGGCCAACGGUGGCUCCCGCCCCCCACCUUAGGAGGGUGUCACCCCCGACCCCAUCCCGCCCGCCCCACCAGCUCAAAAUUCUUUCUGAGAAAGACGGGCCCGAGCGGGGGUUCUCAGCGGAGACACUUCUGAACACACGGGUUGUCUAUAUCUGUCUCUGCGCGUAGAUGUGGUGGGGGUUUUUUUUUAAUGCCGUAGAGAAUACCUUCUGGAAAAAUAAAGGUCUGUUUAGAAAACUC